AUGAGUUCUCCCCUCGCCUCGGAGUUGACUGAGUUGGCGGCGCCGCGCCCGGGCUUCCGGCUCUCGGCGCCCCACGCGCUCUCGGCUCCCGGGGCUGCAGCCCACGCCCGCGGCCAGGACUCUGACCGCCGCGCCGGGGAUAAGAGGCUCCGGAGCUCCUGUCCCGGCUCCAGUCCGGGAAAAAGGAGGGCUGUCCCCUGCCGAGGCGCACGGCCGCGCUAUUUUCCUGCACUCUCCCCGGCCCCAUCUGUCUCUCUGGCGUCUCAUCAGCAAUCCCGGAUCCAGGCUUACCUGGAGAAGAACAAGAUAGGUCCCCUGUUUGAGGAAUUAAUGACCAAAUUAAUAACUGAAACGCCUGACCAGCCAAUCCCAUUUCUCAUUGACCAUCUUCAGUCUAAACAAGGAAACCAUGGACAACUUCAAAGAACUUUAUCUGGAUCUGCAGCUCUCUGGGCAGAAAGUGAAACAUCAGAACAUAAAGGAACAAGAAGGGAUUUCAGAAGUUAUGAUAAGCCUUGGCAAUUAAGUGCAAAGAAGCCUAAAAAGUCAAAAAGUGACCUUGCUGUGUCUAACAUUUCUCCACCAUCACCAGAAUCCAAAUCAUUGCCAAGGUCAGUAGAUCAUCCUAAGUGGAACUGGCGAAUUAAACCACAAAGCCGUGAUUUUGAUGAAUUGAACCACAUCCUUCAAGAGAGCAAGAAGCUGGGAAAAGCCCUUGAGAAUCUCUCUCGAAGUAUUGCAAUUUCAGAUGAACUCGAUAAGGAAACAGUGGCAUUUAAUUCUUCUCUUCUGAGACCCCGUGUGAUUGGAGAAUGGAUUGGUCGAGAAGAGAAUGAUCCUGACCCACUGGCUGCUGAAAUGCUCCAGCCCCCAGUUCCAAGAAGUAAAAAUGAACAGUGGGAAAAUGAAGAUAAUAGCUCUAGCCCUGCAGGAAGCUUAAAGGUGGAGCCCAAGACUAAAGGAUUAAAACAGCAGCAACAGCAACAUAAGAAACUUCUGGCAGCAAUGCUCUCUCAAGAUUCUUUUGAGUCUCUCCACAGCCCUACCCCAUCUGUAACAGAAGAAGAUAUUGAUAAUGAAGAUGAUGCAAUGGAAUUGCUGGGUAAUUUUAAAAAUUAA